UUCUGCCAAACGGAACAAAACCUCGGCAAAAAUAAAAAAAAAAAAAAAAAAAAAAAACACAAAAGAAAAUGGGGCUUGCGGAGCGUCGGAAAUUUUCGCUUCACAUGAAUUUGAGUUCUUCGAUCUGAUCGCGGAAGUCCAGAACUCGAGUUGAGCUCUGUAAUGGCGUGUUGUUGAUUAUCACGGCUUCCGUCCUUUCGAUCUCCAUCUCCUCGGCGUUUCUGCUUCUGUGUAUUCGCCAUGGCAGCACCGUUCUUCUCCACUCCUUUCCAACCUUACGUUUACCAGAGUCCACAAGAAGCUCUGACUCCUUUUCAGAUUCUAGGCGGUGAAGCUCAGAUCGUUCAGAUUAUGUUGAAGCCACAGGAGAAGGUCAUCGCCAGGCCUGGUUCCAUGUGCUACACGUCUGGUUCCAUCCAAAUGGAAAAUGUUUAUCUACCUGAAAAUGAAGUAGGAAUGUGGCAGUGGCUUUUUGGCAAGAAUGUGACCAGCAUAGUUCUUCUAAAUCCUGGAACAAAUGAUGGAUUUGUUGGGAUUGCAGCACCUUCUCUUGCAAGAAUUCUUCCGAUUGAUUUGGCUAUGUUUGGGGGAGAAAUUUUAUGCCAGCCAGAUGCAUUCCUUUGUUCCAUCAAUGAUGUGAAAGUCAAUAACCAAAUUGAUCAUAGGGCACGUGGCAUAGUUGCUGGUGCAGAGGGAUUUCUGAGACAAAAGCUAUCUGGCCAAGGGCUUGCAUUUGUUGUUGCUGGUGGAUCUGUUGUACAGAAGAAUCUUGAGGUUGGUGAACUUCUAGCUGUUGAUGUGUCUUGCAUUGUGGCUGUUUCAUCCACAGUCAAUGUCCAAGUCAAAUGUAAUGCUCCCAUUAGAAGGGUGGUCUUUGGGGGUGACAAUGUGGCAACAGCUUUUCUAACAGGACCAGGCAUAGUCUUUAUUCAGAGUUUGCCAUUUCAUCGAUUUUCUCAGCGUGUUGCUAGGGCGGUUACCUCCCCAAACAUGAGGGAAAAUCCUAAGUUCUUCAUUCAGAUAGCAAUUUUCUUCUUUCUGGCUUAUGUAGUGAUUGUAUCAUCAUUGAUCUUGACCGAUGUAUGAUCUUUUCUUGUUUGCUUUCUUUUUCUAAAGGAUUUUUUUUUUUUAGUUAGUCCCAUCUUUAUCUUUUUUCCUUGUUUAAUUUAAUUCCGGUAUAAUCAGUUCUAUAGAAGUCGUGAAAAAUAUUUUUGCAUAGUGUCUGCUACUUUAGUCAAGUAAAUGUACAUCUGAAAUAUGAAACAAGAUUUUCGUUCCCCCCAGUUUUUUGGGAGGCACCUCAUGAUCA